CCAGUCUUUCGUUUCUGUUUGGUAUUUCUGAAAAUGGCUGCUGCAGGCUUCACUUUAGCCUUCACGCACCUCAUCAAACCCAAACAAUAUCUAUAGGUUUUUCUACUUUGAUGUCAGACUUCAGCAAGUAAGUCUCCAUUCAACAAUGUCUGCUAUAUUAUAUUACUAGAAUUUGUUUAUUUUCUUUUCUUUUUGCACUUCCUUUCAUUUUCUUUUUGUCUCUAUUCUUCAACAUGGCAGUCCCAUGCCUCAUACUUUUACCAAGUCUUAAUUGUAUUUUUCUAAUUCGUAUUUGAUUUUUCUACGUCCUUCUCCUUCAUCUUUCUAGUUUUAGAAAGAGAUAGUAGUCUUGAGAGAGAUUGAGACAGUCAAGCGUUUUAGGUGAAGAAAAAGAGCUGGGAAAGAGAGAGAAAAGAGAGAAAUUGAGAUUUCAUAAUCAGUUAUUUAUUGUCAAGAAACCAACUUCCCUUUUCGAAUGGCCUUUCCAAGAAGAAUCCUUUAAUGGGUAUCCAUUUAUUUGUUGAAUUUCAUUGAGCUGAGUUUGAGAUGUUCGGCCAGCAAGAUAAUGACCGCCUUGCAGGUGGUGGCAUCCCCCGGAAAAGCUAUUUACGGUCCGUUUCUUGGACUGACCGAUCUCCCACUCAACCUAACCCCAGACCCCAGCCCAACAGUAAGGCUCGGUCCUGUUUGCCUCCCCUCCAGCCCCUUUCAAUCACCCGCCGUCCUGUUGAGGAGUGGCCCGCGGCUGGCUCUGAUGACCUUGGGGUGUGGCCUAAUCCCCAGACCCCAAGAGGCCCUAUUAAACCCCUUGACAAUUCUAAUAUUGAGCAGCCUGUGAAGGAAUUUCAGUUUAAGAAGGAUAAGCUUGCAUUUUUUGAUAAGGAGUGCUCGAGGAUUGCUGGUCAUAUUUAUUUAGGGAGUGAUGCUGUGGCUAAGAAUCGUGAAAUUUUGCGCCAAAAUGGGAUUACCCAUGUGCUGAAUUGUGUUGGUUUUGUUUGUCCCGAGUAUUUCAAGGGCGAUCUUGUGUACAAAACACUUUGGUUGCAAGAUAGCCCAUCAGAGGACAUCACAAGCAUUCUAUAUGAUGUGUUUGAUUACUUUGAAGAUGUUCGAGAACAAGGUGGAAGAGUUUUUGUCCAUUGUUGCCAAGGAGUUUCAAGGUCCACUUCUUUGGUCAUUGCCUACCUUAUGUGGAUGGAAGGCCAAAGCUUUGAAGAUGCCUUUCAAUAUGUGAAGGCAGCUAGAGGAGUUACAAAUCCAAAUAUGGGUUUUGCUUGUCAACUUCUGCAGUGCCAGAAGCGAGUUCAUGCUGUGCCGGCUAGCCCAAAUUCUAUGCUUAGGAUGUAUAGGAUGGCACCACACUCGUCUUAUGAUCCUCUUCAUCUUGUGCCAAAAAUGUUGAGCCAGCCAGGUGCAAGCGGACUUGACUCUCGGGGUGCAUUCAUUGUCCAUAUUCCUACUGCAAUCUUUGUUUGGAUAGGGAAGAAUUGCAACUCAGUUAUGUCAAACCAAGCAAAAAUAGCUGCCAACCAGGUCAUCCGGUAUGAAAGGGCCCAUGGUCCAAUUAUGAUCAUCAAAGAAGGGGAAGAACCAUCAGAAUUUUGGGAUGCUAUUGCCAAUGGGCAGAUCCCAUCUGAUGGAUGCCAAAAAGUAGAGAUUAUAAAAGAAGCAGCUUUGUCUUCUGGGAAAAAUGAGAACAUUGCUGCAGCAGUUUGUAGUGGGGUUUGUGAGAAGAAGGUUGAGGAAUAUGAUUUGGACUUUAAACUUUUCCACAAGGCACUUGUUGGUGGGGUUGUUCCUCCACUUGCAGUAUCCAACGUUGGAUCAGAAACCUGCCUCCCUGCCAGGGAAAGUGGGUGGGGCAGAAUAAGGCAGAAGUUUGCUAAUGGCAUAAUGAAAGAAUUUCUGGCGUCUUCUAAGCUGAAACAUGGCCAUGUUUCAUCCAUGGGCGCGUCAGAUAUGAUUGUAGAUGCUUGUAAAGAAUCUGAAGAACUUGUUUCCUCGGUUGAUGAUCCAUCAUCAUCACCUUCAGCUUUUCCAUGCGGUUCUCCAGAUUCCUUUGAUUGUUUUCUGAACAGCAGCCCAAAUAGGGUAAUUAAUUCUAAUGAAGCAGAACACUUUGUUCCGCUUAUUGAUCCUUUAUUGCCACCACCAACUCCCACUGGUUCGCUGGAUUCUUUUUCAUGUUUUCUAGACAGCAGCCCAAAGUGCAACUACAAGUCUCCUACUCUAUCACCUUCAACCUCUGACUACUCCUCUAGUUCUUUUGCCUUUUCACCCUCAUCGUCUAAUUGGUCUGACUUGUCAUACUUGUCUUCCCGGCAGCCUUCACCUUCUGGCUUGGAAGCCACAGAUCCAUUUUAUGCCAAGAAUGCUCCCUCAGCAGAUAAUUUUUGUUUACCUUACAAAGAAACUCCGUCCUCCACCAGAAAGGUGUUUUCUGAUAAUCGAGCUUUGAGAUUAGAUGAUACUUCUUCGCCAGGUAAAGGGAUUUCCACUUCUUCUAUUGCAGUGCGCAGAGGGAGUAACCCUCCUUCCCUUAUGCUGUUACCCUCAGUUGAUGAGGCAGCUCAAGUCCCCAAAAACCUGGUAAGAUCCUGGUCUUUUUCUCUUCUGGACUUGGAGGAUGAUGAGAUGAAGGAUGUUCACAAUGAGCAAUUUGAGCAUGUAAGUAGUAGAGAAGAACAAAUGUUGGAUGCUAAUACCAGCAGUGCAGGUGAUAGUGCAGAAAGUGAGUUUGAAGAGGGAAAAGAAUACAAUAACUCUCAUCAUCCCUUGCGCGAUGGGAUCAAGAAAGCUGCAUAAAUACCACUUCACUUGUUACCAGUGACCUAACAUGAACGAAGUUGAUAUGAAUUGACUUAAAUUCCCUGAUCCUGGAUCAAUGUAUAUGUUAUUGGCUCCAGAAUUACUUCACAUUCAAGUAAUUCUGGAAUAUUAUAUGUUUAGUUGGAGCAAGAAGUUUUGUGCGAAGAAGGCAAAGGGAACCUAAAAGCAGCACUAGCAUUGUCAAAGAUAGUCGAGUAGAUCCAGAUUCAGGAGGUGAUUGAUCACAACUUCCUUGAUCAAAUGAACUUCCCUGCAAGUACUCAUAUACAGAUCAUUAGAGCAGGUGGGGAGCCAGAGCAGUUCCUGAACCUUCUCAAUGGUGUCCCAAUUCAAAAGGUAGAAGACAGCAGCUAGAGCUUAGGUGGCCUCUUAGAGUUCAGUUCAUAAGUUCUUUCAUCAUUCUGGUGGAAAUGUUGGAUGAACCAAAUUCAUAGUAAAGGUGAGUGGGCAUCUCAAGCAGGACAAGUGAUUUAACUGACCAUCAUGUACAAAAUAUAUGUGCUGUGUGCUAAUAGGAAUUAGAAGUAAAUAAUCAGUUGCAAUAAAGAUCGCAUUAAAUUUCCAUUCAUGGGUAAAGAAAUUUCUGGAAGCUUUUAUAUGUUCAUGGUUCUUGAUCACAUUAAAUUUUGAAUGACUUGUGUUUUCUUAUAUGAAAUGAUUCUUCAUACCAGGAAAUAAUAUGUUCCCAUUUUUGUUUUA